AUGGCGGCCCCUCCUGAGCUGGACCUGCUCAGAAUGCUGCUGAGCGAAAUCGAUCGACUCCAAAACGCCGUGCAGCACCUGCUGCAGAGCAACGCCGACCUCAAGGUGGCCAUAGAAGAGGAGGGUGACGAGGACAGGGAGUUUAAGCAGGCAAUAGAGGAGAACAUUGUGGUGAUUGCCAAGUACCGAGCCAAGGUGCAGCGCCUGGAGGAGGAGCUGGCGCAGCUGAGGGCGGGGCGGCAGGCGCUGGGCGGGGAGGCCAUCCCCGCGGGGGAGCGCCCCGCAGCGGCGGCGCCCCCACAGCAGCAGCAGCAGGGAGCGGCGGCGGUGGCGAGCGGCGGCGACGCUGCCAUGCCAGACGCGGCAGACCCACAGCAGCUGCCUGAGCAGCAGCGGCAGCAGGCGCCAGACGGGCUGUGGCUGUGA